CGUUUCUCUCAGUCAGAGUUGCACUUGUGCUGUCGACGUAGUCGGUCACCUCCAUUCGGUCCCGUCACCUUCGGCACGUGUUCGACUUCGCCCAAUCUCUCUCUCUCCCUGUUCCUCCAGAUGACAAUGGAGCAGAAUCACGUAGCCAAAUUGCAGCAGGUGGGGCCAUCGAAGAAUGAUGCCACAACGGCUGAGAUGGACAAGAAGCUGUCAGACAGUGAACUCGAUGCGCUAAUAGACGCCAGCCUCAGGGGACGCCAGAACUCGUACAGCCCCUACAGCAAGUUCCCCGUCGGAGCCGCCCUCCUGACCGAAGACGGCUCCACGAUACUGGGAUGCAACGUGGAGAACGUGUCCUACGGGCUGGCCGUCUGCGCCGAGAGGACAGCCGUUUGCCGCGCCGUCGUGGAAGGGCACCGGAAGUUCAGAGCCAUAGCCAUCACGGCGGAGAUGGGCGACAAGUUCGUAGGACCCUGCGGCAUGUGUCGACAGACGCUGGCCGAGUUCGGCCUAGACAUGGAGGUGUAUCUGUCGAAGCCCAACAAGCAGUACAUGAAGACGACCGUGGCCAAGUUGCUGCCUGAUAGUUUUAACCCAGAAUGGGUCAAUUUUACCGAUUGAUUGUGCCGGUCGAAUGCGCUGUGCUCUCCUUGUAACGCCCAGCGAGUUGUGUCCAGUUUUAGUCUUGUAUUUGGUAAAACCAUGGUAAAACCUUAAGUUCAAAAGAGUCAACUCGAGUACGAUGUCUUACCUCAGAUUCUUAUAGAUGCCUCGUAGAUUUUAUACAGUGACUAGAUAUAUUUUUUACGUAAAAUAACCUGCAUUUAAUGAAUUGGACGAUUUGGGUGACAUUUUGUAUAUGACCUUGCAGUGCCCAUUCGUAUUUUGUAUUAUUGGGCCUCUGAGUUAUUAUAUUUUUAUCAGUAUUUCUUUUUCAUCGAAAAAUUUUAAUUAUUUAAAAGAAAAUAGGAUUCUCUUAUAUUUCAUGAUGACUGUAGUAGUAGUAGUAGGGUUUCAGCCGUACAAGUCCAUCUCUGCCAAAGGUUAUGUAUUUUGUGCCAAAAUAUAGUUUGCUUUUA